AGGCAGGCAUGGCGUGGCAUCAGAUCUACGAAGGCGUUUGCGUUUGGUUUGGUUUGCGUCGAGUCGAGGGCGGGCAUGGACCGUGGCCCGAGCAUUGCCAAUGCCACUGAACGAAUGUCUCAGAUCUCCCGCCGUUGUGCCUGAUUUGUUGGGAUACCGAGUCCAUGCUGCGUGUUAGUGGAGUGCGGUUAAGAGCCCCGAAAUCCAAUAUUUGCUUUGUUCGGGCGGUUCCAGCCAACCCAUCUUUGAAGCCGCGCCGUGCCGUGGCGGAGGAGAGAUCAGAUGAGCGAGGCGCGCUGCAGCCGCCAAAGCCGCCCGCCAAACAAGCCAGCAACGCCAAAACCCUCUCUGAAUCUCGAUCCGGACCAUUGCCGAUGGGGAAAACGUCGAGAUGCAUUCCGCAGCACCACGGAAGGCGCAAAUCAGCCAUGUCCGCGGGAGAAGAAGCAUUCGAGAAGAGUUCCAGAGUCCACGCGCAAGCCACGGCAAGCCAAAUGGUGGCGUACUCCCAGACCACACUUGCCUUUUACAAGAUGGGGUUGGCUUUCACAGCGAAUGAAAUGCCACGGGGACCUUUUAAGCUUUUUACUACCCCUGUCACUGUGGUGCCACCAAGACGACGCCAAUGUCCCAGACCCCCCCCCCCCCAGACCCCAAGACUCGCGGAGACCACCUUCGCACAGGUAGCCCAAAAGGGAAGAUACGCUAGCUCGGAUGGGACCCAGCACUUUGAUGAUAGCCAAUGGCAUCGCGCCGCGACUUCUUAGUGGUGGGCAUCAGAUAGUGUAGCCAAGCGAUAGGCGUCGGGAGGACUAACACGAGGCUGUGGCCGCAAUAUACAGGGGCUGAGCUGGUGGCAUGGCAUGUGCUCGUCGCUCACACUGGCACGCUGGCGGUCCAUGCUCUGCUCUCGUCCACAGCAAACCCGGAGGGAAGUCACAACCCCCUCAGGGCAGAGUCAAGCACACGGGCAAUCUGAGUCCGUGGGCAGGCAGGACAGUCACAUCCCACCCCGCCCAGCGGCCAGAGACCAGCAGCCAGCGCCCGCCUCACCCACCUCACCCACAGCAACCCAGAGCACCGCACCCGCAGAAAGGCCAGCUCCCGCAUCCUGGCUACCUGCAGCAACGCCGCCCGCAUAGCCUUACCGAACCGAAGCCUUGGCUUGGCUCAGGAGACAAGCCCUCAAUCGCGUCGAA